AUGGCGUUAGCGGCGGCUGGCUCGCCGCAGAUCACGGCGCAACAGCCGCUUCAGGCCACCUCGCAGCUGCAAAGCAACGGAACCACGCCGUUCGGCACCGCGGCCUUCCCCCUCCGCGCCGCCGGCGGUGGAGCCGCAUAUGACGCUCACUCGCUCGCGGCGCGCCACAUUGGCGGGCUAGUAACCACCGGAAACACCUCCCCGUUUAACUCCUCUGCUGACGUCAUCUCCAGCAGCAACUUUGGCGAGAGCGCCUUCUCAGAAAGCGGCUGCGACGGCGGCGGCGGUGGAGGCGAGAAACUCAAGAACGAGAUGGAGGAUGGAUGGGAGUCCUUCUCGCCGCAACCACGCCGGUCCCUGCCUGGCGCUACCACCACGCCAGCCCUGCCCUCGGCUUCGCUCGUGGGGCAACCUCAGAGGCUCUUUGGGAGCCCACCUGCUGCUGCUGCUGCGUCCAGGCUCGGACCCUCCAAGCUAGGAGUCACAGCCGGCCCUGCUACAGCCGCUAGAGCCGCUGCCGGCGCUGCUGGCGCAGGUGCGAGCCGGCGGAGUGGGUCCAACAGCGGUGGCGACCGGGCUGACCGGGCGGCACGAGCCUCGGCCGGCGAGGAUUCUCCGGCUCGGCAGAGCGGGCGGCAGGGCGACGCUCCGAGUGGCGGCGAGGCGGGCGGGGCGGUGGUGCAAGCCACGGGUUCGGGAGAAGGCGGCGACAGGCUCGGUGACAGGCACGGGAGCGACGGAGAGAGCUCCGAUGAGCUGGAGGGAGGCGCCCACAUGGACCAGUUUGCGGAAGAUCAUCACGCGCCCGGCGGCAACUCUCGGCGGGUGGGCGGCGGCAGCGCGGCGGAUUCCGGGCUGGGUGUGAAGGCCGAAAAGAGACAGAUCAAGAUGAAGAGCCAUGUGGAGAGCCAACGGCGCAAGCGAAUCAGUGACGGGCUGAAGCGGCUGCGGGAUUCCGUGAAGGGCACUGGUGACACGGCUACCAUGCUUGAUGAGGCUGUGGCUUAUGUGGAAGGGCUCAAGCAACAAGUGACAGCCCUGCAAGUCUCUCUCCUCCUCAAGGAUACCGCCCGGCCGCAGCUUGGUGGUACACCACCGUCUAUCCUCGGCGCUGACUCAGCACUCCUAGCCCAAGCCCUGCAGCAGCAGCACUCUCUCGGCAUGCCGUUCUCCCUGCCAGGGAAUCAGCAGCUGCCACAUCAGCAGCAACAGCAGCAGCAGCAGCCGCUGCAGGCAGGCCCGGGCAUGUUCCAGGCUCGGCAGUAUCCGAACCUGGGCCGGUACUCCGGUGAGCAAGGGGCGACGGUGUCUGCUAGUGCACCGACCACACUGCUACCCCGAGCUGGAUGGUCCAAGAGGCUAGUGGAGACCUCAACAGGGGGCAGCUGCAACUCCCCUAAAUUUGGCUCUUGCUGA